GAGACCGCCUCUGCUGCAGAGUUCGUGGCGGACCUGGCGCGGACAGGUGCUGCGUGCCUUCGGAUCGCGACGGAUCCCUCGCGUUGUGACUCGCCCCCGUCACUCGACUCCAGAACUCCCCGGCGCGUUGACGAGUGUCUCUGCUGACUGUCGAGGUGCCGACGGACGUCGACACGCCCAGCAACGUGCAACAUGUCCGGAAAAGCGGCAGAGAAAGUUCCUGACACCCCUGUGGAGGUCCUUGUGGAUCUGUUGACGAAAGCCAACGAGCUCGCCGCAUCAAGUGGUAAUGUCCCAGGAGAGUUGACCAGUCACCUGCAGAAGGCCCUGGACAUCGCCAGCGGCCUGGAUGACUACCUGGAGAAAAUGACCACACAGGAAAGUGAACCUCUGGCAGAGCUAUAUAAAAAAACAAUUUCUCAUGACUGGGAUCGAGUGCACAAGGAGGGCAAAACGAUGUUCCGGCUUCCCAAAGAGUGCAUAACUGGACACGUUGAAGGCCAGACCCUGAAGAUGCUGAUUCACAUGAGUCAAGCCAAAAAGAUCCUAGAGAUUGGGAUGUUCACUGGCUACGGAGCCCUGUCCAUGGCUGAGGGGCUUCCUGAGGACGGCCACUUGGUGGCUUGUGAGUUAGAGCCGUACCUCAAGGAGUUUGCUCAGCCCAUUUUUGACAAAUCCCCACACGGCAAGAAGAUUACCGUGAAAACUGGAUCCGCCAUGGACACUCUGAAGGAACUGGCUGCUGCAGGUGAACAGUUUGACAUGGUCUUCAUUGAUGCUGACAAGGAUAAUUACAUCAACUACUACAAUUUCAUCCUGGAAAACAACCUGCUGAAACUGAGAGGGGUCCUAUGUGUCGACAACACGCUGUUCAAAGCAAAGGUUUACCUCAAAGACGCCACAGACGGCAAUGGACUGGCACUUCGAGAAUUCAACCAGUUGGUCUCGAGUGAUCCUCGCGUGGAGCAGGUCAUUAUCCCCCUCAGAGACGGCAUGAGUGUUAUCCGCCGGGUUACCGUGGCCUCUGAAUGCUCAAGGACGCAGAGUGAAAUAUUGGAUGACGAGGUUUUCCGCGGGGUCAAGGGGCGCCCCAUCCUCGAUCGGAUGAGCCUUGACGGAAAGGUGGCCUAUGUGACGGGUGCUGGUCAGGGUAUAGGCCGAGCGUUCGCUCACGCCCUGGGGGAGGCCGGAGCGAAGGUGGCCGUGGUAGACUUGGACAGAGUGAAAGCGGAGGUAGUGGCGAAAGAGCUGUUUCUUAAAGGUAUCAAUGCCACCUCAGUCACGGCUGACAUUAGCAAGCCAGAUGAUGUCCAGAGGAUGAUUGACAACAUUGUCUCCAAAUGGGGAGCGAUCCACAUCGCGUGUAACAACGCCGGCAUCAACAUGAACUCCGCCAGCGAAGACACCAGUCUAGAGGAGUGGGACCAAACCUUUAACGUCAACCUGAGGGGGACAUUCAUUUGCUGUCAGGCGGCAGGUCGAGUGAUGUUGAAGCAAGGAUACGGCAAGAUUAUCAACACAGCCUCCAUGGCCAGUCUAAUAGUCCCUCAUCCUCAGAAGCAGCUGUCCUACAACACAUCCAAGGCCGGAGUGGUCAAACUGACUCAGACCCUGGGCGCGGAAUGGGUUGACCGCGGCGUGCGCGUCAACUGCAUCUCACCGGGGAUUGUUGACACCCCUCUCAUCCACUCGGAGAGUCUGAGGCCUCUGGUGCAACGCUGGCUGUCAGAUAUCCCUGCUGGUAGACUGGCUCAAGUGACAGACCUGCAAGCUGCAGUGGUCUACUUGGCAUCUGAUGCCUCCGACUACAUGACAGGGCAUAACUUAGUCAUAGAGGGUGGGCAAAGUCUGUGGUAGAGGAGGGGGAUGAAAACUUUGUUCCUCUUCCCUCUCCUGGGAUUAGUUUCAGAAAUAGGUGGCGUUCACAUUCUCCCUUUGAGGCAUGCACAGCUGUGGUAGUUUAAAUGCUUUCCAUAGUCACGUGCAUUUAAUUCCACACCCAUAGAUGUGAAAAUAAAAUAACAUAGAAAAUUGUAAGGAAAAAUGUUACUGGAUGACUCAAUUGAAAAUAAAAAUGGAUACACUAUGGUGGUAUAACAGCCACCAGUCUUCUUGGUCCAGUGGAAUUUUGCUGACUUGUUUGAGAAAAGUCCAAAAGUUAAAUGUAAAAUCAUAACGUGUCCAAUUUUCUGCUGUGUAUUCUGUAUUCCGACAUUUCUAUACACUGAAUGCUGCUUGAACACAGUUUUGCAACCCUACUGAAUGCCACUGAAAUAAACUCCUCGAAAAGCA